AUGCAUUAGCGAAUAAAUUAACUUGGCUUCAUUUGUAUGGGUCAGGUUUGGCUUGCUUCUAUUCUCUAUUUAUCGUACCAUAUAUAUGUAGAGGUAAAUGAUGGUUAUAAUCCAGAGUUUUAAGGAAUUUGGAUUACAACCGUAGUAAUGAAUGUUACUAUUUUAGUUCAUCAUCUAUUAGGGAGAAAGUAUAAAGCGAUUGCAUUGCAUUACUCAAAUGUUUAAGCUAUGGUAUUAUUUUCAUGUGGCUAUUAAUAAGCUAUAAGCUACAACAAGGAUUUUUAAUUUUUCGACAGAUUUCUGAUUAUUUUAGGAUAUACAGCUUCUCUAGCAUAUAUUAGUUAUUGCUAAAAAACUUUGCUUUUUUCAUUCUUGAUAACUUAUUGUUAUUUAAUUGCAAGAUCUUGGUAUUGGGCUAAAGAUUUAUUCACAUUUGGCGUUUCAGUAGGUUUCUUCCUUGCUGCUUUCAUAUUUAUCUAUAUUCUUGCUAGGAUGUUUUAGCAUAUUGAACGAGACAAAUUUUAAUAAAAAACAAACUAAAACCAACUGCUGAAAAUGUUUCACAAUUUGAUAAGAAGAAAUCAUGAUGGAAUAAUUAUUACAUAAAAUGAGGAAAUAGUUUUUUUAAAUUCGCAAAUCUUCCAAAUUUUCAAUAUUGAAUAAGCCAAAGAUCCUAACCCUGAAAACUGUGACCUUUUGUCUGAUUAAACAGAGGAAAAGCUUUUUCUAGUAGAAUAAUUCAAAAAGACAACUUAUGAGAUCCAAACAUAAAGUGUAGGGUAAGAUGAACAAUGCUAACAGUUCUAGAAUAUUUGGGAAUAUAUUUUAUAUCGGCAGGAAGCAACCAAAUAUUCAGAAUACAUAUGCUGUGAAGAUGACAAAACAGUCAAUGGAACAUAUUUUCAAUUUCACUUUAUGCCAAAGGAUACUAUUGAUGCAUCUGAAGAAGAAAAAACUUCCAAGUAAUUGCAGGUAUUUUCUUAAAUAUUCUAAACUGGAUCUAAGGGAUUGGUAAUGACUACAGUCAGAGACAUGUCAAGAUGGCUAGAACUCGAAAAACAAAAGACAAUGUCUAAGAUGAAGACAAUCGCCUUUGCUUCUGCAGCUCAUGAAUUUAGAAACCCACUCAAUGCUAUAACUCAAUCUUUGGAACUUAUGAAUGGUCUAAUUGACCUGAGUAGAGGGGCAAAGUAUUACAACAUUGCUAAAAAUUGUUCCAAUUUGAUGUUAUACUUGGUAAAUGACAUUUUGGAUUUUUCUCAGUUAGAAUCUAAGAAGUUCUUACUAAACUUGUAAGAUGUUUUUAUCUAGAACACUUUAGAUGAAUGUAUUAGUGUACUCUCUUUCAAAGCUGAAGAGAAAGGCAUCGAUCUAAAUUAUGAAAUUGAUAGGAGAUUACCUCUUUACAUCUUAGUAGAUCAGAAUAGAUUAAGAUAAAUUCUUAUAAAUUUGCUAUCAAAUGGCAUAAAGUAUACCUCAUCAGGCUACGUAAAAUUAUAAGUUAAACUUGAUGAGGAAAAUAAACUCCUAAAAUUUAACGUUAUUGAUACUGGUGUUGGAAUUGAAGUUGAAUCACAAAGAAGACUAUUCAAGGCUUUUACUAAAAUAAUGAAAAACAGGGAAAUGAACGCAUAGGGUUGUGGCUUAGGUCUAAGUAUUAGCAAACUUUUGGCGCAAGCUCUUGGAGGAGAUAUUAGUUUUGAAUCUACUUAUGGAUAAGGAUCUGUGUUCACCUUAACAUUACCUUUUAGAGUAAGAGAUGCAGGAUUUAACAACGACCCUGAUGAUUCCUUCAGAACAGACACCAAUAGAUCAAUUAUAGUUAAAGAAACUUCAUUCAAAGAAUUCGAUGUUGGAUCAAGGACUUUCCAGGAAGAAACUAAAAGCAAUUUAGAGUUGAUAAAUCACAUUAAUAGAGAUUAUGAUAAUAUCAACUUCAAUAACUUAAUGAUGUAAUUCCCACAGCAUAAAAGAUAGCCAACAACCUUAAUCUAUGAUAAUAUUCCUGGUGCAAAACUUUUCAAGCAAUCUACAUUAGAUAGAGUUGAUGAAUAUUUAAAGCCAACAGGUCAUAAACUAAUUGAUGAUGUAAAGACAAGAAAUCCCUCCAAUGCUACUAAUAUAGUUCCAAGUGACCAUAAUUAGAUUUAUCAUACUGGAGAGGAUGAUGGACAAGACACAGCUUUAAUAAUGAGUGAGCAUGGAAAAUCCUGUAAUUGUGCUAAAAUUCUUAUUGUUGAUGAUGAACCCUUUAACUUGAUAGUAUUAGAAGGGUUACUAAACCAGUUGGGUAUAUAUUAAAUAGAAAAGUGUUUCAAUGGUAAAGAAGCUUAAAAUAAACUAGUCAAAAAUGAAUUCCCUAAAGAUUUAUGCGGGAGGGAUCAUUCACAAUAUAAACUAAUCAUAACUGAUAACUAAAUGCCAAUAAUGACAGGAACAUAAUUAGCAAAGUAUGUUAGAGAAGAACAAUAGAGGUCUAAUAUAAAUUCAAACUUGAAAGUAGUACUGCUCUCAGGAGAUUAUAAACCUUUUAAACAUAGUAGUGAAAGUAUAUUAUUUGAUGGAAUUCUUCUUAAGCCCAUAAAGCUAAUUGAAUUGCAACAAGUACUAAGUAAUUACUAUAAGGAAUGA